AUGGCCGCUAAGUCGGACGGAGCAGCGGUGUCUGUGGAAGAUGACAACACGCCCAGGAGCUUACCGGAGCCGGGGAACCCCGCCGCCCGGCCCCGCUGCACCGCCGCCGGCGGAAAACCCUACACGCUGCUGGACUGCUGCUGGGUGCUCUGCGCCCUGCUCGUCUUUUUCUCCGACGGCGCGACCGACCUGUGGCUGGCCGCCGACUACUACCUGAGAGGCGACUACUGGUGGUUCGGCUUGACGCUCGUCUUCGUCGUGGUGCCCUCCGCUGUCGUCCAGGUACUGAGUUUCAGGUGGUUCGUGUACGACUACUCGGAUCUGAGCGGCGGAGACGGAGCAGCGAGCGGCAGCGGGACCGGCGCGGGAGCGGCAGGCGCGGCAGGCGGAGCAGCAACGGCGGGCGACAACACUUUGAGCACCAAGGACAGCGACCAGCGCGGUGGGAGCGCGGUGGCGGGGAACGCCGCGAAUGUUACCCCGGUUUACACAUCUUCUGCCCCGCCUGCGACUGCAGGGAGAGUCGCCCCCCCGCGGAGCUGCUGUACCGUCUGCAUGUGGGUCUUUCAAACCGUGCUUCACGUCCUGCAGCUGGGGCAAGUCUGGAGGUACAGCCACGCCCUCUACCUGGGCGCCCAGAGCCGUUGGCACGGCAAUGGGCCCCGCCGCCACUUCCAUUGGCGGCUGAUGUUUGAGAGUGCUGACAUCACCAUGCUCCGCCUCCUGGAGGCCUUCCUUAAGUCGGCGCCUCAGCUCGUCCUCCAGCUGAGCAUCAUGAUCCACGGAAACACCGUCCUCCCUCUGCAAGGUCUCUCAGCCUCAGCCUCCCUGGUCUCUCUGGCCUGGAUGAUCGCCUCCUACCAGAAGGUUCUCCGCGACUCCCGUGAUGACAAGCUGCCAAUGUCCUACAAGGCCGUGAUCGCCCAGAUGCUGUGGCACUUCUUCACCAUCGGGGCGAGGACUGUGGCCUUUGCCCUCUUCGCCUCCGUCUUCCAGCUCUACUUCGGCAUAUUCAUCGUCAGUCACUGGUGCGUCAUGACCUUCUGGAUCAUCCAAGGCGAGACCGACUUUUGCAUGUCCAAGUGGGAGGAGAUCAUCUACAACAUGGUGGUGGGCAUAAUCUACAUCUUCUGUUGGUUCAAUGUCAAAGAAGGUCCCAGCCGAUUCCGCAUGACGGUCUACUAUUCGGUGACACUGGCUGAGAACGUGGCACUGACCGCUGCCUGGUACACCUACCGCGGCCCGCACACCUCCGACUCCUAUGCCCUGGUAGUGGUGUGCCUGGUGGCCUGCAGCUUUGCCCUGGGAACCUUCUUCAUGUUGGUGUACUACUGCUGGCUGCACCCUGAUGGGCCUGUUCUGGGCUCACAGUGGGGAGGGUGUGUGGACGAGGGCGUGGUGGGAGCAGGAGGGGUGGCGGGAGUGAUUGAUGCCUGCCUCACCCCAUCACAAGGGUCCCAAACAGACAUGGUCAUUACCAGUCCUCCCAGGACUCUCCCCAGGACUAAAGACACAGGGGAGCCGGUUCCCGGGGAGAGAGACAGGGACAAGGAGAGAGACAGGGACAGUUGCCUGCCUGUCUUCCAGGUACGUCCCUCCCCUUCCUCCUCUCCUGCACUCCUCCACAGGACCUCCUCCUCAUCCCGUGCACAGGAAGGCCCCGUGAUCCGGAUUGACCUCCCAAGAAAGCGAUACCCAGCCUGGGAUGCGCACUUUAUUGAUCGGCGCCUCCGCAAGACCAUCCUGCUUCUGGAGACGACAUCAGCCGUCAGCCCCCGGAUACAGUACAGGAGUAGCAUGAUGGGCAGUAAAGAGGUAUUAGAAUAUGAGACAACUGUCUAA